UCCUCUGUCGCUAUAUCCGUCCUCCUCGCCCCCUUCCAACCCCCCUCCCCUUCCCCGCUCUCAGUCGGAGCGCUUCUCGUCUCCAAAGCUCGUCUGCGGUAGCAUGUCCUCAGACGUGCAGCCGCGGUGCGAUGAAGCGGACCAAAAGACGCCGCCAGCGCAGCGCAAGUACAGGUGAAUGAUUUGACAUUUGGAGGGAACGCGAGCGAGAAGGAAAAGGCCAUGGCCAUUAACCAUGGAGCUGGAGCCAGAUACGCCCAUCGAUUCAUUCUGUCACAGACAGUCUCUGGUGCUGCUCUGAGUGCACACUCUCUGAAUAUGCCAGCUAAGCACGACAAAGCCCAACAGACUGUUUAACACUCAUUUCCUCAGAGUUGGAGCUCGCAACGGAAGACCAAAUGAAAUGGAUGCAUUUAAUUUUACGUACUGGAAUGCCUCUGAAGGCAAUGAGACUGUGGUGGAAGAGAGUAAAAGCCCCUACAAGACUGUGGAGGUGGUCUUCAUCGUCCUGGUGGCUGGAUCCCUCAGUUUGGUCACAGUUAUUGGCAAUAUCCUUGUCAUGCUUUCCAUCAAAGUUAAUAGGAACUUACAAACUGUCAACAACUAUUUUUUAUUUAGCCUUGCAUGCGCAGACCUAAUUAUUGGACUGUGUUCUAUGAACUUGUACACAGUUUACAUAGUAAUAGGCUACUGGCCUCUGGGACCAGUGGUGUGUGACUUGUGGUUGGCGUUGGACUAUGUUGUCAGCAAUGCAUCUGUCAUGAAUCUUCUCAUCAUAAGCUUUGACAGAUACUUCUGUGUCACUAAACCCCUCAGCUACCCAGUAAAAAGGACCACUAAAAUGGCAGGAAUGAUGAUUGCCGCUGCCUGGGUUCUUUCAUUCAUCCUCUGGGCCCCUGCUAUCCUUUUUUGGCAGUUUAUUGUUGGUGGGCGGACAGUGCCUGAGAAGGAGUGCUAUAUCCAGUUCUUUUCCAAUGCUGCUGUCACUUUUGGCACGGCCAUUGCUGCCUUUUACCUGCCCGUCAUCAUCAUGAUCCAGUUGUACUGGCAGAUCUCCAGAGCGAGCAAAAGCCGCGUGAAGAAGGACAACCGAAAGCCAUCGGGGGCCAACCCAGAACCUCUAUCGCCUGUACAGAGGAGGAGCAGCACUCCAAAACCCAACAACAACAACGUACCGGGGGAAGAUGCAGGGCAUUCCCAAAACCAGAAAGUCGAUGGUGGGGCAAACCAGCAUGAUAGCAAGCUGCAAAAUGGGAAAGGACCAUCAUCCACAACUGCUGAAGGAGAGACUGAAGGUGAAGAUAUGGCACGGGAGAACUGCACCCCUGGAGACGAGAAGGAGAGCUCCAAUGACUCCACGUCUGUGAGUGUAGUUGCUUCCAAUCAGAAGGAUGAGGAACCUGCACCUUCCACUGCCAACUCCUGUGCAGAAACAAGUCAGCAGAUCCCACGUCAGCGAGCCAAGGCUGGGGGGUCCAAACUGACCUGCAUCAAGAUCAAGACAAAGUCCCCCAAGGGGGACUACUACACGCCAUCAAACGCCACAGUAGAGAUUGUGCCAGCCACGGAACGGCAAAACCACGUGGCUCGAAAGAUCGUGAAGAUGACUAAACAACCCCCGAACAAGAAGAAAAAAGGGGCUCCCUCUCGAGAAAAGAAAGUUACCCGCACCAUCAUGGCCAUCCUGGUAGCUUUCGUGGCCACGUGGACUCCUUACAACGUUAUGGUGCUCAUCAACACCUUUUGUUCCAGCUGUAUUCCCAACACAGUGUGGACUAUUGGUUACUGGUUGUGCUACAUCAACAGUACCAUCAAUCCGGCCUGCUACGCCCUGUGCAAUGUCACAUUCAAGAAGACUUUCAAACAUCUUCUCAUGUGCCAAUACAAAAACAUCAGAUCAGCCAGAUAAAUACGGACUUCCACAGUGGAGGCAUGGAGUUGUGUAUGUGUGUGCAAGUUUGUGGAUAAAUGUGUCUGAAGAGGGGGUUUGUGAGGAAUAAUAGUGUACAUCCUGAGGUCAUUUUUCAUUACUUUCACAUUAGCUUUGCUAAUUCUCUUGGUUGUAGCACUUUACACUAGUUCCACUAAAGCCAGUUGCUUUGGGUGGGAUGUGGUAAGAGACAGUGUGGAAUGGGAAUUAGUGAGAAUGGUAAGCUUAAAAAAUCUGAGGGUCUAUACAGCAGGGACUGACAAGGAGACGAUAGAGAAAAAAAGAGUGAAAAAAUAAAGAUAGUAGGAGGAUCGGUGUCGGACGGAAAACAAACAAAAGCUUCAAAAUGGGAAAAUAGGGCUGACUGAAUGUACAAACCUCACAAGUUUAAAGUUCAGUAAGAUAACUUGUAGAUAGCUGUACAUAUCACUGUAUAUCCUACGUGUGUGUGCAAACGUGGGUGUCUGUGCACAUUGGUUUGUGCUUCACUGUCUGAUUUUGUUUUUGUUCAUCAUCUUCAUCAUCAUCAUCAUGGCAGUUUUAACCAGCAUAGAAGAAAUAGGGCCUGGGCCCUAGCAUCAAACAAACAGCAGCUGGACAGAAAGUUGCCACCACUGACUGUUUAUGCAAACUGGAAUAAGUGACCUCUUCCUUCUUUCGUUCCAAACAGCAAGUACGCACUAGCCCCAAGAAGCCAAAAUCCAAUCCUUUUGUCCAAAUCAAUAUAUUUGUCAGAAUAACCAUUCUUGCUGCAACAUCUUUUUUCACGUCCAUACUCCAAACAUUUGAUUAAAAGAUUUCGUGGAGCCUAUUUUCAAGUGGUAGGGGUGUGGCCUUCAAACCAGUUAAUUCUUGAUUGGCGAAAGUAAGACCAACAUGAACCAAUUACUGCUUACUGACAACAUCUGGCUCCAACAUGGCAUCUUCCAUAUAAAAAAAAAAAUGGUGCCCGAAUUGACUUCAUGUGUUGGAGCUAGAAGUAAGCCAUUUUCUCUGGGUGAAGUCACUCGGUCCACUACUCAUUUACAGUCAAUGAUUACCACAGAUAAAUGUUGUACAAAAAAAAAGUUUACUUUCAAAAUUAGCACACAAAUAGAAUAUGUAACAAAAAAUAACAAAAUUGUUUAAAAUAAACAAAGAAAUAUAUAAUAACAAAACAGGAUUGGAAGUUGUCUGCUCUUUCUAGUUGAAAUGGUGAAAUGACACUUCUGUGUGUAUAGGUUGGUUUUCUUACAGCCACUUUGUUUUAGUGGUGUUUGUAAGGGGAUUCCUGACAAUUGCAUUAACUUUUUUUUUAAAAUAUGAUAAGAGAUCCCUUCCAAUUAUGAAGAGAUUGGUACAGUAGUUCCAGAUGGUUAAAUACAUUUAUUUGGUACAUCGUUUUUAGACACGAAGGUUGAUUUAUAUCUAAACAUUCAGAAAUAGACUACUCCAAAAAAUAUGAUGAUGCAAAUGACACGUAAAUUUAAACCUGCAUGUUUUCUUUUAUUUUAGGCUCUCAACAUUUUCCAGACUUUCUAUUAGUUUCUGCUGUGGAACAAAAAGACACUUAAAUUUGGGAUUUUAUGAGUUUUUGCCAAGUAAAGGUGAGGCUACUGAAUCCUGCUGCUCAAGACCAACCUUCUCCUACCCUUCUAGCGGCUUCUUGCCAUAAUGAAUCAAGUUCAGCUUUAGGAUCAAAAUUUUAAAGAUUCCUGUUAUCUAUCUCGACUAUCUUGACCGGUGUCUAAAAUGUCAUCUGAGUUUGACUGAUCAGUUGGGUAGCCAGAAAAGAAGCAGAGCAGUAGCUUUGGAGAUUCCUGACAUCACACUGCUCCACACGAAUGUCUGAAGAAUUUUGAGUGACAUCACAAAGUACUUUCCCCCAAAACAGAUCUUUUUAUGUCUUCUCUUUAGCUCCAAAGACAAUUUUGGGGAAUUUCUUGAACAGUCUAUAAACAUUUAUCUGACGAUGUGAUACUCCCUCCAAGACUUCAGGCGAAGUUUUCAUAGGAUUUGAAUAAAUUAUAGUGACUUUACACUCUCCAAAUGACUUGUGAGAACAUCCCUCUGCUAUAAAUGAUGCAACGUUCAAAGAACAUCUACUUUUACAUGGGAUGUGAUUCCUUGAAUAAGAAAUUAUCUCGGCUGCCUCAUCUUGGGGAUGUUUCAUCAUCGGGAAAGAUAUUUCUCCUCAGUUCACAACAUGCUUUACCAUCUGUGAUCAUCUGAUUCUAAGGUAGAUCUAUUAAUACAAAAAAGUGAGUUUAGUGCAGAAAAAUAAUAUUUCAAUGGUUAAAAAGGAAAGAAAAACAUCUAUGGCAGCAAAGUUUUAGUUUUUUUUUUAGGAUUUUUGUUAUGUAACAAAGUCACUGCAUCUCAACUUCCACCGUCACAUGUUGUAUUUUAGAUUAAUUUUAACAUAAAAAGCAAAUUAAAUAAAGUGAAUUAGGUACACAGAGGAAGAACACAACCUAGAACACACCAACCCUGAAAAGAAAAACUGUAAAACAGGAUUGUUUGCUCACUUUUCAUUUGUCCCUACCUUUAUUGUGGACCUUUGGUGUUUUUUGGCAGCUAUUAAUGCAAAAAUAUGUUUGGCAAUUUUUUUUUUUUUUUUUUUUUUUGCAGGACACUGUCAUUUUCCAUGAGAAAAAUCUGAUUGGAGCUCAGAGUAUAAAAAGCAUUUUUGAUUUAUUGUUCUGCUCAGAUGAGUGACAGACAUUAUUUGAUUCUGCUGAUUAGUGGGUUGUGUCACAGCAUGCAUUGUUUGCGAAAACUGUGUGAGUGGGUUUCAAAAGCUGAGGUGUUUGCACGCUCCAACAGUGGAGUUUACUUCUGAUCACAGGUCAUGACCUCGUGAUUUUAAACAUUUUUAAAAAGGGCUAUUUUUGUGUCUUGACAUCAUCGUUGUGAUUCAUCCUUCUUCCACCGUGCACUUAAUUUGAGUUAAUCAAAUCCAAAUCAUUCCUGUUAAAUUAAAAGUGAUAAGGAUUUGUGUUCAUUUUAAUGGCAGAAGAAAUGAGAAAAUAUCAAUUUACCAAGAGGCGUGUUGCGUGUACUCAUGCGUGUCAUCCAUCAUUUCAGCCUAUUAGACUUUUCUCAGUAACAGUAAUGCACGCUCAGUAGUUGGGGUGAUGAAUAUGCAGCAGCAUUCGCCAUCAGGAGGUUGCCACAGAAGCUGGUAGGGGGGCUUUGCAAAGAUUUACGCCUGCGCCGGAUAUCUCCUUGAGGCUGUCGGCUUUAAAGAGAGAUCUGGGACAGAUCCUAUAAUGAAAACUCACCAUGAGGCUGAUCAGAUUACAGGCCGAUGUGGAACACCUACAUUUCAGAUUAAAGACUGUCCAUUACACGCUCAGCUUGCGCUUUCAUGCUACACGCCCGUGCCCCACUUACUGUACUGCAGCGCCGCGUCACGUCUUUAGUUCUUACAAGGUCACGGCUGUGUCAUAUAGGACACCUGUGCAUUCAUUAGCUCGCACUAUAAUUCAUGAUCAUUUCCCGAGUCUUUGCUCCAAAUGGUGCAUUCCUCCCUGCUAAAUUACAGCUUCCCUGAUGGCUUUUGUAUCCAUAAUUGAUGUUCGUGCCAUCGUUGGUGGAAGAACUUUCUGCUUUCUCGUGCACAGACAAAAACUACCAAUUUUCUUUCAUAAUUGGAAAAGAAUUGCAAAUUGAAUAUUUUGCGCAUUGAAAAGUUGAUCUAACAUUUUAUAAGUAAGGGCAGCCAGAUGAUGUGGAACAGGCCUACAGGAAAUUUUCACAAUUGUGUGAAAAAAUAAAAGAGGCAAAACAGCCUAACUAACAUCCAUCUAACAUGGUGGGUCUUUUUAAUCACCCAAACAAUUUUCAAACCAUUUUUAUAUAUAAACCUAAAUUUUACUGCGAAUGCUUAUCAGUUGUCUAAUCAUGUAACAUCAACAAACAAUAGUUCCAAUGUAUGAAAAAGAACUGUCUUUCAUUGCAUCUGGACCAGUCUAAUCCAGUCAAACAGGUGGUGGUAGUGUAAUAAAAUGAAGCUUUUUUUAUUUGCCAUUUAAGGGCAUGAAUGACUUUCAGCUCUUCAGAUAAUCCUGAAGUAGAUUGUAUUUAGUUGAAGACCUGCAUCUCAUUUGGGUUGUGCAGGUGGUAACAAAAACAUAUGAGCACAAAUUCAAGAUUUUUAACAAAAUUUAACAAAAAAGUCAUUAAAUCAAUUGAAAUUCUUGUGGUAUGAUUUCAAACAGGCUAAUCAAACUGAAAAUGUGACCCACUUCGAUGAAAAAUUCUGUUAUGGGUAUUUCCAACAUGUUCUUGUGGCAUUUUUCUGAUGAUGAAGGAUAUGUAUUAAAUUAAAGUUAUUUAUUAAACUGCAUUUCUAAGUAUUUCAUAAUUCAAAUUGUUGUGAAUCAGGAGACGACGACCAGCAUUAAUUUCCUAAAGCCUAUGAAAAACUCAACGACACACAGGUUUUGGUUUUAGUUUUUGUCUUUGGCAGGAAAGGCAAUGCAUUACAAGUUCAAAUUGUUUUUUAAAGUAGUUGCUGUUUUAGCAAUUUGAAAUAUGUUUUACGUUAAGUAUAAGAAAAUAUUCAAAAACUACAUAUAAUAUCUUACAUUAAUGGGACUAAAGUAACAAUUCUGAGUUGGGUUUUAGGUCUUGCUUAGUCUUUGUGGUUGGAACAUCUUUUUCUUCCAAGAGGACAUGAAACUUGUUGUAGGCGUGAGGAAAUUCAGACCGGCUGCACAUUAAUGCUCUCAAUAUUUGAACAGAGAGCCUGUGACAUUUUAAGAUGUGACAGAUUAAUUAUAGAAAGUAUUAGACACUUUAAUUGCUUCAUUCUGAAAAAUUAGCUGUAAUCCCCAACCUAAAGUUUGUUUUUAGUGUUCAGUCAUAUAAAAUUAGUUCCCACCCUUAACUGAUCAGCAUAACUACAGUUUAUUGUGAAAUGUUCAGUAGAAUGCCAAACAGUUAUUUAAUCAAGUUGAACAGUAAAUUGCAAAAUGCAUGAUAUUUAAUAAAAUGGAACAUGUUCGUUUAUAUUCUGAUCAUCCUUUGAUCUAUUUAUUAAGUGGUCCCAAAGGUCUUUUAUUUUUGAUUAUGCCGUUUUUAGGCUAAAUAAAAGGACACAUGUUUUCAUUUUCUUGGACUUAGUUUCUGUAGAGCCGCAGGAGUUCGUUCAAAAUUUACCUCUGAGUUGUGGGCGGGCCCAUUGGUACAGAGCAACCCCCACCCCCCACCCCCUUCCCCAGCCAGUCUGUGGCCUGCUCAGCAUAUUUUUUCCAUGCCACAAACAGCAUCUUUUUUAAAAGGCAUUUUUUCAUCUGGUUCUAUAACAGAAUGAUUUGAAAGAAAAACUCAGAAAUGCAAUUUCAAGCUUAUUUUCUUCCUGUAUUAUCAGAAAAAUGCUACAAGAAGUGGGUCUUUAAAUAGUUAUAGAACAAGUAGUUAAAACUGUUUAGUGUUUGUUACAUACUAAUAAAAAGACUUUUCAAGUCAUACUUUUGUUUUACUUUAUCUUUGGGUUCUUCCGUAAUAUCAUAUUCUGGUUGACUUGAUUUGAUGAAGUGUCUCCUGUGCUUUCACACUGCACCCUCUGGAGGGGACUGAACUGCCAAAAACUGUCAUGUAGUUACAACAGGGGCUCCUUUGGGAGCAGUUUUUCUCUUUCAUUUAUGCCAGUUCAUUGUCCUGUUGACGUUUUGCCCACAUUGUAAUGAGUCACACCAGGGUUCACUUGCAAGUCAACUGAGAUACUCGUCUUUAUAGAUUGUUCAUCUGUCAGAGGAAACAAACUAAAUACAGACCAACAACCCAGUGCACUAGACUUUCUUCAGUGUGCAAACAAAAUGAUUCC